UCUUGCAAGAUGGCCGCCCGAAGCAAGCGUUGGUGUCGUGCUGAAAUCCUGUUUUUAAUAACCACCCUAGAGGACAUGGAUAUUUUAAAGAGGUUAGAUGGACGAAAACAUAAUAAUGGUGAUCUUUUUAAGGCCGUGGCCUCAAAGAUGGUCGAAGAAGGCUUCCACCAAAGAGAUGACCACCAGAUUAGAAAUAAAUGGAAGUUGUUAAAACAAGAAUACAACAAGGCCAGAGCGCACAACAACAAAAGUGGCUCGGAUGCUUCAACUUUCGAGUUCUACGAGGAAAUGGACCGGGUCCUGAGGAACCGACCACAGGCUAAUGCCGACAUCCACGGCAUUGAGUUGUGCUUCAAUGACUCUCAAAUGUCCGACAAACCUAUAUCAGGCUGCCUCCCCCUCUCCUCUCUCCGUCUCCUCGUCCCUCCUGUGCAGUUGCUGUCUGCAGCUCUGUGGCAGAUAGUGAAGCAGGGAACUGUGGAGCAUUAUGGUCUGCUGGAGGAGUUCAUUAGCACAAUGCUGGAAACGGUCCCUGAACUGCUCACUGACACAGAGACUGUCCAGCUACUUAUCGGCCUACGUGCAAAAGUGGUGCUAGAGUUGUGCCGCAGUGAUGAUUUUGCCACACCAGAGAACAUCCGGCCUCAUCUGAGUAGAAUAAACGCUUACAUUACAAGGCAGGAUGAAGAGACAUCUAGGUUUGCGGUAAAGGCAUCGAUGACAAACUUCCUGAAGCUUGUUCACACUCUUGUGGAUGAUAAACACCAGAGGGACGUCUUUUAUCAGAAAAUCUUCCCCACAGUGUUUGGCGAUAAAUAUGACUCAGCCCUGCAGGCUCUAAUGAGAAAAUUCCUCUUUAAUCUUCAGAAGCUGCUGCCUGUUCCCUCCCUCGAACAAACUUCCCUUUGGCUCAGUCUCUCCCCUCCUGUCUUGAAAGAGUGUGUAGACUUUGUGAGUCAACCUGAGCAUCUGACAACACUUAUUCAGCAUCACAAAAAUCAUGGGCAUGAAGUUCCACAAAGUAGGUCUUUGAGUGACUUUCACUUAAUUCCACAGUCAUUCAUACCGUUUCAUCCAUCAGUUUUCUGACAUUGAAAAAUAUUUUGUUUUUUUGGGGGGGUCGAUGUGUCAUUGUUCGUAGCUCUGCCUUCCGCUGGUGAUGACUGCAUCCUUGCCAGCCUGUCUUAUCACCUAGCAAAGAUGGACAAUGAUGAAGGAGCCACAGCUGUCAAAUCUGAAUCCGACAGGCACAGAGAGAACUCACUUGGAAGUGCGUAUGAACAGGACAGAGAAGAGAACUUCAAGGAAAUAGGUUCCAAAGUGGCGAUGAUUGAAGAGAGAAAUGGGCAGCAGCUCACUGAUGAUCUGAGUGACCACCAAGGAGCCUCUGUUGAAGUAAUACUUCAACCUUUUGAUGAAAGUGAUUCGAAUGACGAUGAAGACAUGGACAAAAAAUGGUUUCAGCAUUUAAAGACGCACAAUAGGACAUCCGCAAAAACCAAAGAGCCUUUCUCUAGUGAAAAUGAGCCUCUAAAUGUCGCACCCCAGGAACUGAUAUCUUCUGACUCGUGUAAGAGAAGCAGCCGCAUGAAAACAUGCUCGAUUUGUAGGGAGACGUUCACUUGUUCUGCUGACUUGACGAGUCACAUGAGAUGCCACACUGACCAGAACCCUUACGUUUGUUUGCAUUGUGGGAAAGACUUUGACAGCUAUGAAGACUGGGAGACACACGAAGAAGGUGAAUGCAGCAACCAGCAUCCACAUGUAGAGAAGGAGUACGCACAGGAGAAUUCUUCAAGCGGCACACACAAAAAGAAUCGGAAGAAUUCAGCUCUUUUGAAGGCUACAGCUCAGAUCCAAACGGCCGUAGCUGUAACUGCAGAUUCGAACCAUUUCAUUAUCAAUGCUUGUAAUUUCCAAUCAGCCGCCACAAGUUUUGAAACGGUGGAAAGUGAGACUGUAGCACCUCAAAACUCUGCAAACGGCUCCCUGAAUACAUCUCGCAUCAUCAAGUGCACCAUGUGUGAAAAAAACUUGUCAAGUAUUGCUCUCAUGAAGAGCCACUAUUCCAAGUCGCAUAAAGUCAGGGGCCCAUACCCGUGUCCUCUGUGCAAGAGAACUUUUGUGAGGUUGUGCGAAUUGGUUCGACAUCGGCAGAACAAAAAGCAGUACCAGUGUGCUGCCUGUAAGAAAUGUUUUGAAAGUCCAGGACAACUGAAUGAUCAUGAAAAGGUUCACACUGCAACACCACGCGUUUGUGAAACGUGUGGGAAGAGCUUCAAAUCUCUGCGUUGUCUGACUCUGCACCAGAGGAAGCACAAAAAGCGGCAGCCCACUGUUUGUUCCUACUGCGGGAAACAGUUCGGUGAAGCAAGAUUCUUGAAAGCACAUAUGGUGAGGCACACGGGCGGGUACCCAUGCCAGUUGUGCGGGAAGAAAUACAAUCAGAAAACAUACCUCAAAUGGCAUCUGUUAAGACACAUGGGGCAGGAGCCGUACCUGUGCGACACCUGUGGGAAAGGCUGGCCGACUGCAGCGCAGCUCAAGCUUCACAUGGUUCAGCAUACAGAGGAAAGGCCGUUCAAGUGUGACGACUGCGGUGCUUCCUACAAGAGAGGAAACCAUUUGGUGGCUCACCGACAAGUCAAGCACAUGAGGUUGAGGCCGUUUAAAUGUGACGUUUGCAGCAAAGCGUUCAGGUUGAACGGUGAGCUGAAGAGGCACAAGAUGGUUCAUACAGGCGAACGGCCACUGAGGUGUCCGAGAUGUGGGAAAACCUUCAUAAAAAAAUAUUCACUCAGAGUGCACAGAGAAAAGGCAUGUUUUUAAAUUGCCGCAUUAAAAGUGCGAAAAAGCCUCAAUAGCAACAAUGUCUCCAUGCUGUGUGUGUAUGACAAUUUUUAUAGUGUAGCGACAGAUUUGUAAACACAGUCCAACACUGUCUGACAAGGUGGAUGAUUUUCAUUCACUGAGAAUACAAGUUGCUGUGCACCACAGCAUGAGUCCUUGCUUAAAUACUCAGAUCUUUACAAGAUUAUAUCAAACGCUUUAAGAAACUUAAAGUUGUAUACAGCGUUAUUUAAUGCUACAACAUCUGUACAGAAUAACAGGUUACAUGCUGAGGUACAUUUUUCAAGCAAAAAUGCAAAACAUUGUGUGACUGCAGACAGAUUUAUAAAUGUGGAUUUUAUGUGUUUAUUUACUGCUCUAAAACAUUGUGUCACGAAUGUAAAUCUGUUGUUCUUUGUUACUGUUAGUCAAACAAAACAUUCCCCUUAAAGACUUCAGUCAGGGCUUUUUGAGAAAGGUUGUUGCUAGAGGUACGGACCCGUACCCGUAGCUUGUGGCCUACGGAUACGGCACUUUCCAUUUGCCAAUCAGAUAUGCGAGAUCUGGUCACGUGUCUCCCGGUAGACGCUAGAGGUACGGACCCGUAGCAUCGGUACUACAGGUACGGACCCUAACCCUAACCCUAACCUUUGCUUACCUUUCAACAGUUUGCAGUGGUUAGCAGCUUCUUGACUCGCGAGACUCGCAUACGGGUCCGUAUCUGUCGGCAAAUGGAAAGUGCCCUAUCCGUAGGCCACAGGCUACGGGUCCGUAUCUGUAGAUGCUACCUUUGAGAAAUUGUAACAAGCUUUUCCAACAUUGUAUGAUACUUUAGUAACAGAUUUUUCAGGAAAAUCAUAGCCAAAUUAAGUGAUACGGAUAAUACUAGUGGUCAUAGGUAUAUAAGGAUAACAGCUAGAGAGGGAUGUAUUGAAAAUCAUUUGAUGAAGGACAGUUGUUGAAAUAGUCUCCAUAAACGGUCAAGUUCAAUAUUUCUGUUGAAACUUUAGCAGUGUUUGCGUUGACAUGCAUAAACACUUUUUUUUCAUCAAAUGCUUUGCAGUAGAUGAUUCUUUCGCCUUAAAGCAAUAAAUCAGUUGCUGAAAUUUUGCUAAAAUGUACAACUUUCACAAAUCAGGUUCUCUUGUAUUGUCAGUUUACAAUGACAUGAAUGUCAAGAAAAUCAGUUUUUGAGGUGGUUGGUGGUUAUUUUUUUCUAAUCAUUAAUCAACUGAUUUUCCAUGGCAUCUUUGCUACCUCACUGUGUGCAUAAACAUGUAAUCAUAUGCAGCAGCUCCACCAGGGAGCAGUGGUGCUCCAGGGACUGACAAAACUGUGUUCUCUAUACAUUAUCUGUCAUUUGGUUCAUUUUCAGUGUCAACGCAACACCUUCCACGCGAUCAUGUAAGAGCAUACUUCAAAUGACUCUUUGACCAUAGACAAUUUUGGUAAUAAAAAUUGCUGUGUAUGACUGUAAUCUUCUUUACGUUUCAGAGGAUAAAGAUGUAACUGUGUGGCAUGAAUGUUAAAUCUUUGAUUACAUCUGUUGUCUGUA